GUCUGGCAGGAUCUUGUCUUCCUGUGUUUAAUACCAUGCCCUUUGCUUACUGUAACAUCAACCAAGUGUGUUACUAUGCCAGUCGAAAUGAUAAGUCGUACUGGUUGUCAAGUGCUGCUCCUUUACCAAUGACGCCACUCUCUGAAGAAGAAAUCCAACCGUACAUCAGCAGAUGUGCUGUAUGCGAGGCCCCAGCCCAGGCGGUUGCAGUUCACAGCCAAGAUCAGUCAAUCCCUCCCUGCCCAGUGAACUGGAGGAGUCUGUGGAUAGGAUACUCUUUUUUGAUGCACACUGGAUCUGGUGAUCAGGGUGGUGGACAGUCCCUUAUGUCACCUGGAAGUUGCCUAGAAGACUUCAGAUCAGCACCAUUCAUUGAAUGCCAGGGUCAGCGGGGGACAUGUCAAUUUUUUGCCAAUGAAUACAGUUUCUGGCUAACAACCGUGAUGCCCGAAUUGCAGUUUGCAUCAGCCCCCCUCUCAGGAACUCUUAAAGAAGGACAAGAGCAGAGAAAAAAAAUCAGUAGAUGCCAGGUAUGCCUGAAGCAUGGCUAA